AUGCACAUGGCAGGAUCUGAGUGGCCGCGGCUCUCCCCUGUCCGGACCAAACCUCGUUCUUCCCCACAGGCAGACGACUUCAUCCGAGCGAACGCCUGCAAUAAAUUGACCGUCAUCGCCGAGCAGAUCCGGUACUUGCAGGAGCAGGCUCGGAAGGUCUUGGAUGAAGCUAACAGAGACGCUGACCUGCACCACGUGGCCUGCAACCUUGUGAAGAAGCCAGGAAACAUUUACUACAUGUACAGGCGGGAGAGUGGUCAGCGAUACUUCUCCAUCCUGUCUCCGAAGGAAUGGGGGACCAGUCCCCAUGAAUUUCUUGGUGCCUAUAAGCUCCAGCACGACAUGUCCUGGACUCCAUUUGAGGACAUUGAGAGACGAGAUGCUGAAAUAAACAUCCUGGACAAGCUGCUGAGCCGGCAGGCAGCCCUGCCUCCGUGUACAGAGCCCAACUUCCAGGGCUUGACCAAGUGA